CUAAUGUGACAGGGCAGGCACUUUUUUAUAUCAAGCAAUUUUUACUUAGGAAGUAGAACUUUUGGUUGUACAAAAUGUAAAACAAUUUGCUGAUCAUUUUUCAAUUAAGCAAGCGAUUUCUUUCAUUUAAAAUUAAAAUAUUAUUUACUGGAGACAUUGAUGUUGUUGAUGCUCCUGAACUUUUCUGAAGACUUCAAAUAUAACUGUUCUUGAGCAGGUAUUAAUCAUCAUUAGGAUGGAUUCUGACUGUGUAAGAACUACGCUUGUGAAGAGCCUCGCCAACAUGGAAGACUUAAAACCUGCCACAGUUUCUCCUGAAGAAGGUGCCACUUUGACGUGCCAAAGAGUUUUAGACUGUCUGGAAAAAUACUCCUGUUUGGUAGUCUACAGCCAUCACGUUGGAACAGAUUUUCCUUGGGUUCAGUUCUCUUUAGUGGUAGAGUAUGAUUACUUGGAGAACUCGAGUUGGGGUGAACUCUGCAAGCAACAGAAUGUAAAUCAUAUCAUCUUUCAAACCCUAGUAUCUAAAGAUCCAGAAGCAGGAAAUAUAUUUGCCAUUCAUUCUAAGUUCCCAUUGAUGGAACUUCAGAUUCCAUAUACGUUCCUGAUGUCUGAUGGCUUGUUGAACUUUCCAUCCAUGCUCCAAAUUCUAGAAUCAAGAUACAGUAUAACUCUUUUGGAGAGAACCAGUAAUGACGCAUUACGCUUACUUGGAGGAACAGAUCACUAUGCUGUUAUAACAGUGGAUGAAUGCACAGCUAUAAUAUUGCAAGAUAUUGAAGAGUUGACAACUGAAAAAGCAUCAGAUUUUAUUAUUCAAAGACUGACAACACUGACACUGCAGUACAGCUGUUGCUGGCUCGUUUUCUACCCCAAAAAAAAUCUAAACUCACAAUACUGUUUCAAUGCAAAGGUUUUUCACAAUCUGACCUUGAUCUAUGCAGCAUUAGUGCUAUUCAUGCUGAAAUCUGAGGAAACUGAAGUGAAGGUGGUCAUUGCACCAGGAAUCACAGAAACAACCCAGGUGGUUCGCCAUAUAGCAGACUUCACUUUGAUUUCAAGCAACCGAGAUCCAUUCACCUGGCUUGACAGAUCAUGGCUUUCCACUGGUCCAACUGAGGAUGAGAAGCAGCUACUUAAUUUCCCUAGUUUAAACUCACUUGUGGCACAAUUAAUGUUGAGAAGAAUUCCAUCCAUGUCGAGGCUGUUGUCAGCAUCUUUAAAUGAAUUGCAGGAAGUCCUUCCUGAGGUGCCAGGAAAAGUACUGAAGCUUUUCAGUGAGAUUACCGCAUUACACCAGCUUAGUUCAUCCCAGGACUCAAGAAAAUUACAAGAAUUGCCUUCUGAACAAAAUAUGUUAAGCUUUCCCUCUUCCACAUCUGAAAUAGCUGGACAUCAUAUCUACUCGGACAAUGAAAUGGUGAGGAAUAUCCACUCUACCAAAGACAGACCUAAUGAAUCAGGUCUGAAAAUGACUAAUAUUCAUGGGGCAAGGAAUCGGUGGGAAUCUGAUAGCAUUUCCUUGGAUAUGCAACCUCAGAACUUCAAGCCAGAUUUCAAAGUAAGGACAGCUGCCCUCUCACCUUGCUACCAGUUGAAUAAUUGCAAGCAGUCAGUAAGGAGGGGAAUGGCAGUGAACCUAAUGAAUGACGAAGAUGGUCCACAUCAUAGUUUUGAAAGUUUUUGGGUUAUAAUAACGAAAUAAAAUAUUUGGACAGCACAGUCUCAGGGAACAGUUUUCCAUUUGCAAGUUCUCACCUGUCUGGUGCACUGAACAAUAAACUAUUUGAUCCACCGAAUUACUCAGUAUCAAAGAACAGCUCCGAUCUUAGGGAUAUUGACACUUACAUUGAAAAGACUGAAGUGUCUCCAGUGGAUCAGUUUAACACGGGUGGCCACACACAGACAACAGAAAACAUGUUUGAGAAAAGACGAAAAUAUGGAACCGAUGAAAAAGCAUGCAGUAAUUCACAGUACGGCUUAUUUCCUGAGCAAACUAUGGGUUUUCUUCACCAUGGGUUGAGUGGGGAGUCUAAUAACCUUGUAACAGUGCAGAAUAAAUUGAUCGAGACAUAUCAUCCAAUGAACUCUAAUCAAGUUUUCCAAUUAUUACCUGGAAAACAAUUGGAUAACUCAUCUUACAGAUUUGAUGAAUCUUUUUGUCGCCAGAACAGAGCUGAAGAGAGAGUUGUUAGACCUAAAUUUACUGAUUACAACUUGCUUAGCAAUGAGCGUACACAGGUUGACAACCCUCACAUUUAUAAUGGUAUUUAUUUUAACCGUAAAACUGACUUCUGCAAUGACCCCGUGGAUCAGCAGGCCUUCAAUCAAGGAUCUAUUGGAAGAAAAGAACGGAAAAGACAGCACACAGCUACAGACAUGAAUGAAUGGACAAGGUCUCCUUCAAAAAGUAUUGAGGAAUCCUUUUCAGAUACUGAAGCAUUUUAUAGACACUCAACAAGCUCACCAGAACGUAAAUACAGAAUUUUACCUGAAAUGAAGAAAAGAAAACUCACAUACGAAAAGGUCCCGGGAAGAAUUGAUGGGCAGACACGACUCAUAUUCUUUUAAAGCAAUUUUGGAGAGAACUUCAAUUUUUAUUCAAGAUUCAUUUUAACUUAAUGUUAAUGCAAUUUAAAGUUGAGAUUUAACCAAUAUACUGUAUUCUAAUAGGUUACCAGUUAAAAUAUUAGAUUAUCUUUGAAAGGUAUGUUGAACCUUUUCAUGACGCAUUCCAUUUUUCUGUCAUCAUAUUGAACUUUAAGUUUUGCAUGUAAUGUAAAUGUAAGUAAAUAAGUUAUGAAAUUAUAAUUCUGCAUGGUUGUUUGGAGAUACUUAUGCCUUUGUAACUACCAGGAGUGUCAUUAUAGAAACUUUGAAAUAUCUAUCACAAUGCAAUGCAAAUUUCUUUCAGCCUUUUAGCGCUGAAAAUUUCCAUUCAAAUCAUUUCCUUCUUUACUUAGUUUCUUUUCUUUGCAUGAAUAGAAUAUUCUGCCGAGUUAGAAUGAGAGAGUUAUAACAUAUUUCUAAAUCUGAUUUCACUUAACAAUCAUUAUAAUCAGAGGGACACCAAUGAUUUGUUGUCGUUUACAUCCCCAGCAUUCCAUGGACUAUCCAUCGUUAUUCUUCCAUUCAGGCCUUAAACAGUACAGCCCCAUAUCUCCACUUUGGGCAAUAUGAUCAAAGGGACUGUUUGUAAAUUACUUGCACGUUUCACGAAGAAUCCCUAUCACUUUUGUGACUUCCACAUGUCACGUUAAUUUGCCAUUACAUCAAAAGAGCUUAAUUUUGCUAGGAACCUGACCCAGAUAGUUUUGUUAUAAUGGAUAAAAUAUGAUAUUUAAAAAAAAUCUUAACCAGAAGGAAUUGCGUUCAAUCUCAGCAGAUUAGGCACAUCCUGAAGAAGGUAUGGUUAAACUUUCAGGUGAAUUACUUUUCAUUGGAACUUGACAAAUUGGCAAAACCUGAAACAUUAAGUUACAGCAUUUGACUGAUAUCAGGACUGUAAAGAUGUGCAAUGCCGAGACUCCCGGUGAGUUAUUGAUGCAUUUUAACAUCUGGAAAAUCAAAUUGCAAGAAACACAAGCACACUAUCCUGCUGCGUCUAUGAUCCAAACUCAAAACCAGACCAGAAUGAUCCCAGUUCCUUUUACUGCCAGGGGAGUGUCUGCCCCCUAAUUAUAUAGACAACUUCACUGUAACCAUCAUCCACAUUUACUUAGUAUCACUCAGUGUGGAUUCAGACCCAACAUCAGAAAAGAUCCAACCUUACUAGAAGUGGGGCCAGUGAAUCUUAGAGCCUUGUAUCUUUGACAUUUAAGCCCUGUAUCUUUUUGGGUAAUAGUUUAGUGCAAUACUGAGGCUGGCUACAUAAUUGGCAUCGUCAUUCAUAGCAUGGAGAGAACUUAGCUGCAUGUUCUGGUGGUUCAGUACAGUCCUCAAGGCACCAUUUGUGAAUCAACAGGGUUCUGGAGCCCAAUUCCUCUUUAAACUGCCAGAGGUUGAACUAGCCCUUCAUUUCACCGCUGCAAAAUGUAACUUAAGUAACGCCAUUAAAAUUCUUGCGGUUUACAUGAAUGAGUUGACCAUUCAGGUGAGGUCAGGAAUAAAUACUGAAGAAAUGAAAGCAGCAACAUAGUUUUAUGAUGCAAUGCAGCCAAAUAUCUUUCACAUUUGACAAAUCUGCAUGUUCUGCAGGAUAAUUAAAAAUACUGUUUAAAAAAAUGAUUGAGAAAAUAUUAACCAUGCUGAAUGCAAAUGUUUUUGGAUCAGAUGCAAAAUAGUUAUCGUAGCUGUGAUCUAACGAUCUAAUGAUUGGCUCCUUUUAUUUAUUGUUAAAAAAUGUCCUUGUGCAGCAUGACUCAUUAAAGGAAGUGAGUGUGGUUUCAGGGGUGUUAAAUUAAAACUCCUGACUGUACACAACUUAGUGUGAGCUUCUUUUUGUGAAGUAAAAUCUGUGCCAUUUACAUCUAUUGAAUCAAUAUUAAUAGUUAAUGUGUAGGAAUAAUAAUAAUAUUAAUAACUUAAAUGCUGAAAGACUCAUCCAUGCCUUCAUCUCCUCCUGACUGGACUAUUGCAACUCACUUCUCCUUGGCAUCAGCUCCACCUACAUCAACCGACUCCAACUGGUCCAGAACGCAGCCGCCCGACUCAUCACCCACACCAAAUCCUGGCAUCACAUCACUCCAGUCCUCAAACAACUUCACUGGCUUCCCAUCUCCCACCGGAUCACCUACAAAAUCCUGGUCCUCACCUACAAAGCCCUCCACCAUCUGGCCCCCCCAUAUCUCACUGACCUCCUCUCCCCCUACCAACCCUCACGGUCCCUCAGAUCCACAUCAGCCAGUCUCCUCUCCAUCCACAAGUCCAACCUCAGCAGUUUAGGGGACAGAGCC